AAAACUUGGAAAUCAGAUGGCAUUGGUGGUCUCUAUCGUGGAUUUGUAAUUUCUUGUUUUGGUAUUAUUGUCUACCGAGGCUUUUACUUUGGCCUCUAUGAUACCCUCAAACCAAUUUUGCUCGGCCCCGACUCUGGUAUGGGAUUAAGUUUCAUCCUUGGAUAUGGUGUAACUGUCACAUCGGGUCUUAUUUCAUAUCCAAUCGAUACUAUUCGUAGGCGUAUGAUGAUGACAUCAGGUCAGGCUGUGAAAUAUAGUGGUUCAAUUGAUUGUGCCGUCCAAAUUAUUAAAAAAGAGGGAUUCAUGUCUCUUAUGAAAGGAGCAGGAGCCAACAUCCUCAGAGGUGUCGCUGGUGCUGGUGUCCUUGCUGGUUUUGACGAACUCAAAGAUAUAUACUACCAAUGGCGUAUAAAACGCACAUAA